AGAAAAAUCGGAGACGAAGUGGUGUGGAGAACCAACAGGACCGGUUCGUCUAUUAGCCGGUUCGAGACUCGCGGCUCUGGUUUUCUGAACGUCGGCAACAGGAAGGCAGCAUCGCGUCCUUUUUGAAGACGACGGGACCGCUGCCGGCACGGGUGUUUACUUUCUCUCGUCGCCUGCCAAGCAAAGCAAAGGGCCGACGCAGCACAAACGCACGGCGAAAUCUCGAUUUCUUCGAACACGAAGACGCUCGUUGCUUUUUGUCUCUUGGCGUUGUUCACUUUUUUCGUUUCUAUAGUGUUGAGAGAUGGCGGCUGAAUCACCCACCGCUGAACGAAAAGUGGUCGUUCACCUGAGGGCUACCGGUGAUGCUCCUAUUCUCAAGCAAGCAAAGUUCAAGAAUGAUGUGAAUCGUUUGGAUUAUGAUCAAGACAAUGACCUAUUUGCUUCCUUGCUACAUCACAGAGCUGGGAGUUUUAUCCAAAAACAUAUUCCAGAUUUCUGGAAGUGACAAAUUCUCAAAGGUUAUUGAAUUUCUUCGUCGGCAACUUCAUCGGGAUACUUUGUUUGUUUAUAUCAACAGCGCCUUCUCUCCAAACCCUGAUGAAUUGGUGAUUGAUCUCUACAAUAACUUUGGAUUUGAUGGUAAGCUGGUCGUUAACUAUGCUUCUUCCAUGGCAUGGGGCUGAGAAAGAGAUGCUGCUAUUUCAUAAGAUCUUUAGGAUCGAAUGUAUGAAAAGUCAAUAUUUUAUUGUCAAAUGUAGGUUGUUUUUUGGUCUCAACUUUUGUUAUUUGUGGACAGAAAAAAUGGAUAUUCGGGUCUCAAGCUUCUGAAUGUCUUUGUAAAUUAGUUAUAUUAACAAUUACAAGCUUGGGAUGGUCUUCAUUAUUGUUAAAAAGCCAUCACUGGCAACAAUUUGCUGUAUCGUGUAGUCUUAAAUGUUAUUGAUAUUAAUUAGCUGCACUGCGAAACAUUCAGGUA